AGAAACUGCCCCAUAGUCUCUGCCCAUCGAGAAACCGACACACACUCGUCCAAAAUAUUAGUAGACUCCAAGAGAAGAAAUGUCCAAAGGGAAGCAGACAGUAGAUGAGGGACAGAUCGAACAGUGGAUGAAAGGGCUCGGGAUUGAUAUAGGACCUCCAGAUUACGACGGGUCUUUUCGUGACGCCCUGCGAGAUGGUGUAGCCCUAUGCCAGUUGGUGAACGUUAUGCGCCCAAACAGUGUAGAGGAGAUCAAGACUGACCGUAACUCUACAUCCACUGAAGACAAUAUACUUCACUUUCUUCAGGCUUGUAAUGGACUGGGGGUUGUUAAAAUAUUUAGAUUAGGUGAUCUGACUGAUAGUAAGCGUGACUUCACUCCAGUUCUUUCAACUCUUCAAGAAUUAUACAGGAUUGCUGAAGGUAUUGGCAUGGGCCUUAAGCCAUUAGGUAAAGUAGAGGGAGCUACUGAGGACUUUGAUCAUUUACAGUUGUCUGACUCAGAACAGCAGACAGAAGGAGGAAAAGGAGGAGGAGGGGGAGGAGGUAGAGACACUCAAGAUUCACCAGAACUGUUAAUGAGAGGAAAGUUUGCCUUCACGGGAGAAGGAGAUGACGAGCUGGUUUUCGAUAAAGGCGACAUAAUAACAGUAACUAAAGUUAUAGAGGGAGGCUGGUGGGAAGGAUACUGUAACGGGAAGGUUGGAUGGUUCCCUGGGAACUAUGUUGAAGAAGUGCCUCCUGAUGUGUUGUCUUCUCUUACAAGUUCAAGUGGUACUGCUCCUGAUAAAAGGAAUAGCUUGCAACAGUUCUAUGACAUGGUAAUGAAUGAUAUUGUAGAGACAGAAAGAGCAUAUACGAAUGAUCUUCAGACACUUCUCUCUGCCUAUCUGACCCCAUUGAAGAACUCCAACGUUCUGCCUCCAAAUGAAGUAGCCACUCUUACUGGUAACCUCCCAGAAGUCAACAAGUGGCAGCAGAACUAUUGCCGGACCAUUCAAGAUUGCUCACGUUUGGCCUUGCAUCAGCAAAACAUUGGGACCAUUUUCCUAAAAGCAUCCGAUGAGUUGGAGUCCCUGUACUCUACUUACUGUGCCAAUCAUCCUAAGGCAGUUGCUGUACUGACUGAUAACUCAGAUAAACUCUCCUCGUUCAUGGAGUCCAGAGGUGCUGCCAGUCCUGGGAUUUUAACACUAACAACUAGUUUGAGUAAACCAUUUAAGAGACUUGAGAAGUAUCCUGCUCUAUUGAAAGAAAUUCAAAGAAGCCUUGGUGAUGAACACAGUGAUGCCGAUGCUGUAAAAGAAGCUAUUGAAGUCUAUACUGCUAUAUCAGCUCGUACGCAAGACAUAAGAAAAAAGAAAGAAGCAGAGUUUGAUAUGUUGUCUAGUCCUGUUCAAGGAUACAAUGGACAUAACCUAAUGGAACUAGGCCAGUGUUACUGUAUCAUACAAGGGAAUCAAGCAAUCAAUGCUGAAGAGGUUGAAGAGCAUUACUAUCUUGUCUUUCCUGAUAAGUUUAUUGUGCUUGGUAUUGGUGCCAGUUUAAGUGGCUAUGAAAUGAGAUGUAACUUUAACCUCUCUGCUGUUAUGAUCAAGAAAGGCCAGCACUCUCCUUCUUGGCCCUAUCCGGUUGAGAUAUCCUCUGGUAAAAGGACCCUUCACUCCUCUCUCCUUUCUGAAAAAGACCAGAACACUUUGAUUGAGUCUAUAAACCCACAAAAUGCUAGCAGCUCACGGGCUCCUCACCGUACAAUGUCAGUAACUGCGUCAAAGAUAUCUUUAUCGUCUCGUUCCUCAACAAUAAAGGCAGGCUACAUACCUAGGCUCCUUCGAAAGACGUCAGUCCCCAUCAUGAGACAGCAUCACUGGGGGUUCAUGUCACUCCGGCCGGCACAGCCUCUUAAAACUCAACAGCUUUUGUGUCUACGAGAGAGAGAUCUAAAGAGCCCUAAAGCUGGAAAGAAAUUCAUUUAUCCUGCCUCUAAAAAGAAGCUUGCCUUUUCUGGUCGCUCUAAAUCAAUUGAAGAUCCACUCAAUAGUCCUUUUGCACUCAAACCUUCUUCUCUAGGACUGGACCAACAAGAUAAAGCAAGCGAUGCUGGCAUUUUAAAGGUCAUAGAAGCUUACUGUGCUUCGGGAAAGUCACGUGCAUUGAUACCUGAUCAGCACAGCCUUCCAGUUAGACAUUCUCUUCUUCCUGUAUCCCCAUCGAAGUCACGGUUGCCUCUGCCACUUCCUCCAUCUCCUUCCGAUGAUGGAAACUAUGACACUGUUCAUCACGAGGUGGUCCACAAGAGAACUAACACUCUCUCUGGCAUACCUGGCGGGGGGAGGAUAUCGUCUUCACUUAUACGCUCUCCUUCUCCAAAAACUGAGAAAAGGGGCAUGAGUCGAAAGCGGUCUGGAAGCUUUGACUCCCAUCAUAACUUGAGUACCAAGAACCAUUAGCAAGGAAGAGAUUUGAGAUAGAGAGACAGAGAUAAACAUUUUUUGUACAUUAAAAUGCAUCCACUUAAGAAAUGGCAAUAUCAUUUUUGAUUAAUAAUAAUUUCCUUUUGAAGGACGUUCGUUAGUCGUA